AUGGCUAAGAUUAGGCAAUUUGGUAGUGUUCUUCACACUGGUGGAUCGGGUGAUGGCGAGGAGAGAGUUGUCAAAAGUGUAAGACAACAUGUCAGAGAUGAUGAUCGAGCUGUGGGACAGAAUGAUGAUUGUGAGGUUGUUGAAGACGAGGCUGAAGCUGGUUUUGAGAAUGAGGUUGAUGAGAAUGGAAUAGGUGUCGAAGAGGAAAUUGUCGGAGACUUACGAGACCAGUUCAGAGAUGUUGUCCAAGAUGAGGUGGAUAAUUAUGAUGGGGACAGUGGAGAUGACAUUUGGAAUGAUGAUACUAUUCCUGAUCCAUUGUCGUCUGAUGAUGAUGAAGAAGAGUUGGAGCGUAGGGAAGAGGUCGCAAAUACACAAGGCUGUGAAGAGCUUUUGUAUUUGGGAAAAAUGUAUGGUUGUGCAUCUGACUUCAAAGUGGCUCUUCUAAGGUAUUCACUAAGAACAAGGUAUGAUAUCAAAUUGUACAAAUCAUGUGCUAGGCAACUUGGUGCAAAGUGCUCUGAUGUAGAGUCUAAGUGUCCUUGGAGAAUAUAUUGCUCUUAUGAAAGGAGAAGACAUAAGAUGCAGAUUAAAGUUUAUGUGAAUGAGCAUACUUGCUUAAGAUCAGGAUACUCGAAGAUGUUGAAGACAUCUUCGAUUGCUAUGUUGUUUGAAGAAAGGCUAAGACUGAAUCCGAAGCUCACAAGGACUGAGAUGGCUGAUGAGAUAAAGAGAGAAUAUAAUCUAAUUGUCACAGAGGAACAAUGUGGUAAAGCUAAGUCUAAACUUUAUAGACAAAGAAAAGCAAGCCAUGAAGCUCAUUUUUCUCGUAUUUGGGACUACCAAGCAGAGAUUCUUCACACAAAUCCUUACUCGACGAUGGAGAUUGAAACUGUCCCAGGACCAGUUUUACAGAGCAAACAGAGGUUUAACCGUCUGUACAUGUGUUUCGCAGCUCAGAGAGAGACUUGGAUUGACACAUGUAGGCCAAUCAUAGGUUUAGAUGGGGCAUUUCUGAAAUGGGAUAUCAAAGGACAGUUGUUGGCUGCGAUAGGACGAGAUGGUGACAACAGGAUUUUUCCAAUAGCUUGGGCUGUGGUAGAAGUCGAGAACAACAUCAAUUGGGAGUGGUUUGUUAAGCACUUGAAGGAAGCCUUGGACUACAAGAUGGGGCUAGAUUCACCAUCAUAUCAGACAAACAAAAGUGAUAUGCAGGGUUUGGUGAAUGCUGUUAAAAAUGAACUACCUGAAGCUGAACAUCGUAUGUGUGCAAGACACAUUCUAUCUAACUGGAAGAGAGAUAGUAAGGAUCCAGAGUUAGAGCUUAUGUUCUGGAUCAUAGCACACUGCUACACUAAAGGAGAGUAUGAGGAUGCUUUAGAAGCACUUAAGAAGUACAACAAAGGUGUGCAUGACACUCUUCUUCUCCAAAAUCCUCCAACAUGGUCUAGAGCAUUCUUUAGACAAGGAUCAUGCUGCAAUGACAACUUGAACAAUCACUGUGAGUCGUUCAAUAAAACCAUAAGGGAAGCAAGGAAAAAACCACUACUCGACAUGUUAGAGGAUAUUAGGAGGCAGUGUAUGGUGACAGGAAUUCCUUGUAUACAUGCUGCAUGUGUCAUAAUUGCAAAGAAGAUUAGGUUUGAUGAUUAUGUGGUUGAUUACUACACAACAGAAAAGUGGCGACAAACAUAUAGUCGAGGAAUCAAACCUGUCCAAGGCAUGAAGUUAUGGCCUAGAUUAGGUAGGAUAGGAGUUCCGCCACCACCAUUUAGAGUAGGGAAUCGUGGAAGACCAAGUAAUCAUAAUAGUAAGAAAGGUCUUAAUGAAUCUUCAUCUUUGCCCAACAAGAACAAGUUAAGUAGGGACAAACGUAUCAUGACUUGCUCAAACUGUCGAGAAGAAGGUCCUAACAUACAGACUUGUGCUAAUGAGAGGGUCGAGAAUGCACCCAAAAGACCAAGAGGUCGACCAAGAAAAGAGAUUUCGGGAGAUGUAUCUCAAGCACAAGGACCAUCUCAGCCCCAAGAUGAUGGCACAGAUGCAGUGAGAAGAUGA